GAGACGCUGGCGAUGAUCGCCAUAAUUUUUAUAUUAUUCUUAUAAAACUAACACUGGCACAAGCCUAGUGGCCGUCAUUAAGAAAAUACUAAUUAAUUCCAUAUAAACUUGGAGCGAUAGAAAAAAACUCUAGUAUUUUUAUUGUUAGUAGUUGGUGCCUACGCAACGAUAAUUUUAUUAUCUAAAAGGGUGAUAAUAAGUUGUGUAUACAUUUUCAAGAACUAAAAUAUCAAAAUGAAGAUUCCGUAUGUAGUACCUUAUAAUACGAGGAAGGCUUAUGCCACCUCGCCUGUCAUGUUAAAUUCUGUUGGCGAGAUCAACCGCAAGACAGUGCCUGAAAAUUUCGAAUGGGAUGAUGAGAUUACUCCUGCACCGCUCACCUUCUUGGCUGCUAGUGCUCUAGCUAUCAUAUUCCACCGAAUCAAUCCCCUGCACGUAAUCUUGCAGAAAGAUGUUGACAUACUCAUGGAUUUGUAUCCUUCAUCUAUACCACUUAAAUUUAGUGUACCACUAAUAAAGGAUGAACGAUAUUGGCAAAGAUGUUGCGAGGAAAUAUUUCCAAGACAAAAUGAACUUAACGUUAAAUUUUGGAAAGGAAAGUAUUUGUCUGCCUGCUUGCGGGAUUAUUUAGAAAACGCUAAUCCUGACGUUUUCUUACAAGAUGAAGCUGGAGAUCUAGCUCAUUUGGUGGCACCGUAUAUUUACGAAUUAAGACUAAAUCAGUUGCAAAUGUGCCGACAGCCGACUCCUCCUUACCCGAAUGAUUACGUUGUCGAAGACUAUUGCACCUACAGCGUUCCUAAAGUCUACGACCAUAUCCCACUAGAGCCAGUGCUUGUCAGAUUGUAUAAUCUCGAAGAGAUAACUUUAGUUUUUGGUAUCAAUGGCCUUAAUGAGAAAUAUUUACCACGAUAUUUCGAAUUCUCCCUGGCAGACAUUGAAUCUCUAUGUAAGGGACUCGAGAACUUGCGACAUUUAAAAACAUUUCGCAUCAAUCGCAGCAACUUAGACUGUUCUAAAGUAAAAAUGAUUUUAGAAAAUCUAGUAAAGAAAGAAACUAUAGAAGAACUCGACUUCAACCACUGUAAAAUUGGCGAUUAUGGUAUGAAAGCAUUGGGUGGCUUUAUUUUCAUACACAAAAAUUUAAAAAGGGUGAGAAUAGCAAAUAAUCGAUUUAAAGACGAGGGAGUACAAGGUAUCGCAUAUGCUUUACAAAUGAAACCAGCUGCACCUAUCGAGCUUAUAGAUUUCAGUCUAAACCCAAUGUCGCUAAACUGUGCGACUAUGUUCGCUGCAGCAUUUGUCCGAUGCAAAGAAAAACCACAAACCUUAAUUGUAAACUCUUGCGGCUUCUCAGGGAAGUCAGCCGAAAAGAUGGCGGGUCUCUUGUGUCUAAAUCGAGGCUUGCUUAAAUUUGAAAUCGCAGCUAAUGACUUGUCCGGUGAAGCCGAGACCACACUUAUCAACGCAUUAACUUUGAACAGAAACAUUCAAACUAUUGAUCUGCGAAGAACACACAUUUCGGACGAAACUAAAGCCAAGGUUGACGAAUUAUUGAAGCGCAAUCACGAUUUGCUCGGGCAAGAUAGGGAACCGAGUGAUGAUAUUCCGCCCUUGUAUCUCAAUGAACCUGAAUAUCUCAUCUGGGAGUACAACCCGAACAAUCCCGAUUACAUCCCUGGACGGUAUCCUGCUCGAAUACCGGAAGUAUAGAUUGGUCGUUGCAAGAAUUGUUUGUAUACUGAUUACGUACAUCCAGCUUAAUAAUAGAUAACCCAUACUAUAAUUUUAACUGAAUACAGGUGGUAUUCAUUAUAUAAAUAUUUUUUCUGAAACCUUUAAAUAUUAUGUUUGUCGUUAAUUGUAAAAGCGAAUUACGUCCUUGUAAUUAAAUUUUGAUAUAAUGAGCUUUUAGCAAAUUAAUGUGUAGUAAUUUUAGUUCUUAGUACUGCCGUCUAUGCGAUGUUAGUGCAAUUAUUGGAGUUUACUUUUAUAAUGAAAUAUAUGACUAAAUGUGAUACU